UGCCAGGUGCUGAUUGUGCCUAAAGCGAGAGCUUUACGCAUUCAGUCAUCAUGUCUUCUACGUGUCUGCUCGUUCUAUCAGUGCUACAGGCAAGAAGUUCAGUUUUGAAGUAGCAUUGUUUGUGUAGGCUUUUAUCCAAAAUGAAUUGGUCGAUGCGUUACUUUGAGCCUUCAAAAUUAAUUGUAGUAGCGACAAAGUCUACACGGCAAAUCAAAGGUUAUUAUUAAUUAUUAUUAAUUAACCCAAUCAAUUUUAUUCACAUGUUCAAUUGUUCGUUAGCAGUAGUUAAUCAUAAGGCGGAUCAGUUGAAGUUGUCGAUAUGAUAAAAGAUUUCGUAAUUUAAAUAAUAGUUAAAUAUACGCCUGUGUACAUUAAAGGGUGGUGCCUUUUAUCAAAUCGGUUAUUGAACAUACGUACACGAUGCAUUUGUCUGCUUGGAGACAUAUCGGAAAUAUAAGACGGAAACAUAAUGCCAGGAGAUUGACACGAAAGGCGACUUCGCAACGGGCGCAAUCCUGUGCACGCAUAAAGCAAUGCCUAUGCAACUUAUCGCAACCAGAAUGGCACAGCUGAUGAGAUCGACUAAUCCUAUUGUCCAAUAUAAGUCCGAUUUCUACCUACGGGAAAAUUAGAAAACACCUUGUGUGGUUUAUGCUUGGAGUACAACAAAUGAUUUAAAUCGUGUUGGACUUUUUUUAAGCAAAUGAAGAAUCGCCUAUAUUGCUUUUUAAAGCCCUACGCAUAAAAACCACAUUUUUAUCGUUGAGCUAGUUAUUCAGUCUUAAUAUCAUGUGGAUAUUUACGAAUAGGGAGAGAUAUGCUCAGAAUAAAUACAAAUCUAUAAAAUGUCAAAAUGGAGAAUGGUUUAUUAUAGAGAUAGUUAACAGAGAACAGUUCUGGAGAACGAUGACCUAUAUUGGGGUGAAUAAUUCUUUUGUCGUACGAAAUUCAAAAAUCAUUUCGUAUACCGUUGCUAAGUCGCUGCGCGAAACUUGCUACUAAAGGCAAUUUGCCUACCAUUUUUUUUGGGAUAACAAGGACUGCUACAAGUACUAUUCACAGGUAGCAGGAUCGCAUACUAUCGUGCAUUAGGUGACAUGGCUUUAUCAAAAGAACGACGAAAAUGGCAUGUUCCAGGCUGCCCCCUAAGCUUUUUAAUACUUGUUCGAUUCUCUUUUCAGGUGAACUAGACUACAUAAUGCGCUCUCCGAUUGAUUGAAGAUUGCAUGGCUCAACUAAAUAAAUAAAGAAAAUAACAAUUAAUGACUGAAUAUCAUCAAUCAUACAAGUGUAUAGUACAUAUAAGUAUACAUGUAAAUACAGUUCUUGGGUUAUGUCAAUGCAAGCUUUUAUUAGCCACCAAGUGAUUUAUAAUGAAAUGACCAUCUCUACUAGGCGAUGGGGAUGCUGAGUUAUGCACAGAAAACAUUGCCGACGAUCUAUGUGCAAUAGUUUAUAUCCCCUCUAUCAUUCCCACCUACAUAAUAUAAUCGAUGUCGAUUUUCCUUCGCCAUUGCUUACCAACUUUGAUCACUUCUCUUUUUUUUUUUACCGCCCUUUCUAGUUGACUGUUACUAUUGAUUCCUAACCAGGCGGUAAAAUGCCCGAAAGCCUAUGGAGCCUUAUCUGCGCUUCGACGGACCUAACCCCCAACGGAGCGCUGAUUUUCUUUCGGCACGGCACCGUUACUUCGUGCUUCAAUGAUGCGGCCAUUUCGGUAACGUUAUUAGCCCACGCAGUUUCUACAGCCUGGAGCCUUGGCGAACUCAGUAAUAGUGACUUGUCGAGACUUCCAAGAAACUGGAGAUUAAAAUUACGCCGAUACAUUGCUUUCUUCCUAAUGGCUAUACCUGUGUUCUAUCUCGUGAUUGUGCAGCUUUUUCAAGGCCACGAACUUCCUGUUUUACGGUAUGUCAGCGUCGUCUUAACGAUUGUGGUAUGGUCUUACCAUCUGGCCUAUUAUCUUCAGCAUAAACGGAAGGAUGAGCUACAUAUCACUUUUUCAUCUGUUCUGUUAAUGAUCUGGUCAGCUUUGCGUAGUUAUUCCCUUCUCAAUGAGCUCUCGAGAUACACAGAAGCAGAUACCCUCUCCUACUACGUCGAGUUGUACGGCAGCCUUUUGUCGACCUUCCUUCUUCUCAUCUAUACAUGCUUGACCGUACGACCUUGGACGAGUGUUCCUUCACCCGUCGUUUCAAUGAACAACGUACUUGCGCCAUCCCUGUCCGAUGGUUACGUACAGUUUCCCGAACUUGAAGAAGAGUCCGGAGUGUUGAGCCAGGCCGAAGAAUAUGCCAAUUGGUUAUCGCUGCUUUCAUUCUGGUGGGUCGGCAGGCUAAUGAGACGAGGCUUCCAGGGUACGCUCAAUCAGCCACAUGAUCUAUUCGACCUACCCUGUGGCCUUCACGCAGACGAACUCGCCCUCAGGUAUGCACAGCUGUCACCGGGUCGCAGUUUGUUUUUCAAAGUGCACUGCCUCCUAGGGGGCCGCUUUUAUGUGUUGGGCAUAAUGAAGCUAGUUUGCGACGUGUGUACCUUCACCGGGCCCAUGCUUCUUAACAAGCUAAUCUCCUGUUUUGAGGACAACCCCGAUGUUCCUGUACGCUACCAUGCAUACGCAUAUGCGACUAUUCUUGCUGCUACCGCAUACUUGAGUGCGUUGUUAAUUACGCAUUACAACUAUCAGGUCGAAAAAAUCAAGUUGAAACUAAAGACGACCUUAGUUUUAAUUAUCUACCAGAAAAGCCUGAACGUUGGUUUGACCGGUCGCAGUUUUAUGUCGGGAAAUGCACUCAAUUUGAUGACUUCGGAUGUAGACAGGGUUGCAAACUUUUGCACAUCGUUCCAUAUGUUCUGGAGUCUUCCCCUGCAAAUCAUUGUGACGCUGUACAUGCUUUAUACUCAGGUGGGAAUUUCGUUUUUAGCUGGUGCCGCGUUCGUCGUCUCAAUGAUUCCUAUUAAUCGGUAUCUUGCCAACCGAAUCAAUAAUCUAUCAGAGAAAAUGAUGGAAGCAAAGGAUCGAAGGAUCUCGUUACUUAGGGAAAUCCUUCGGGGCAUUCUCUACAUAAAAAUGCAUUCAUGGACAGAAUUGUUUCAGAAGAAAAUCCAAAACAUUCGACGGGAAGAGAUGCGGCAGCUACGGGGCCGGAAAUUUAUUGACGCCUGGUGUGUGUUCUUCUGGGCAACAACACCGGUGUUGGUGUCAGUUAUGACCUUCGUAACGUGGAGUAUAACUGGGAAGAAUCCAGCGUCCCUCAGCGCAGCGCAAGUGUUCACCACGAUCUCGCUUUUUAAUCUGCUCAUUAUGCCUCUGAAUGCCUUUCCUUGGGUACUCAAUGCAAUCGUCGAAGCAAAGGUAUCCCUAGCUCGGAUGGAGUACCUAAUGAAGAUGGAAGAUUUUGCACCAGAUUCAUACUACGCUGAAACCGCCGGAGAUUCAGAUGUAGUUCUCCGAUUUACGAGCGCGGAAUUCGCACACCAGUCGUAUGACGAAGAGGAUAUCUAUAAUUUCAAGCUUGGCCCAAUAACGCUGACACUGAAGAAGGGUGAAUUUCUUGGUGUAUUUGGUGAGGUCGGAUCGGGUAAAAGCAGUUUUUUCUCUGCCAUUUUAGGCGGCAUGAAUCGCGUAGGCGGAAACCUCGAAUUUUCGCAUUGGAAUCGCCCAGUAGCAUUCGUAUCACAGAGGGUCUGGCUGCAGAAAACGACAAUACGAGAUAAUGUUAUUUUCGGCCAACUCUUCGAUACGGCCGUGUACAACGCAGUACUAGAGGCUUGUGUCUUGGAUGAAGACAUAAAGGGUUUUCCUGACGGUGACCUUACUGAUGUCGGUGAGGAGGGAUCUCGUUUAAGCGGGGGGCAGCGCAUGCGUGUCUCCCUUGCUAGAGCGGCUUAUUGCGCCCUGAUCAACCCGAAUGAAGCGGUUCUCGUACUGCUCGACGACCCCUUCUUGAGUCUGGACGUUCACGUUGCCAAUCGCAUAUACAAUUCGUGUAUUUGCGGGCUUCUUGCGAACUCUACGCGGAUUUUGGCCACACAUCACACACGUUUACUCUACAAUUGUACCGCAAUAUUGAAUCUCCAUGCGGGUCAGUGUAUCGGUUAUGGGCCACCGGAAGAAAUUCUACCCAAGGCCAGAGACAUAAGGGCACGAGGGGGAAGCCUAACUGUAACGCCAGAAUCCGAGGAUAAAAUCCUACCCGUGCUAACUCUUGAAGCUGGUCAAGAAAACCAUCGUAGAGGCAGUCUCUCCUUAGAUGUCCUCUGGUUCUAUGUGCGGUCAAUUGGAUUAGCGCUCUUCAUUUGUACGGUUGCUGCAGUGGCGCUCAUGCAGGUAUCUCGAACUUCAGUUGAUGCUUGGCUCGCCUAUUACGUGUCAACAUCUAGGUCCCGGACGUCAACAAAUAUGUAUAAUGCACCUAGUUGGAUGAAUACUUUCUUUAUCGGCUACGUUUCUCUGGCCAUUGUCAGCAGUAUACUCACACUGAUUCGAGCCUUUCUCUUCGCCUACGCUGGGUUAAGAGGCGCUGUGAAGGUGCACGAUAGCCUCAUUUUACGAGUGCUUUAUGCGCCGAUAACGUUCUUCGAACAAACUCCGCUCGGCCAAGUGCUAAAUCGGCUCUCAUCGGACGUACAUACAGUAGACGAGUCACUACCGUUCAUUGCGAAUAUCCUGUUCGCUCAGUCCUUCUCGCUUGCCGGCACUAUCCUUGUCGCGUGUUACGGUCUUCCAUGGAUUCUCCUGCUUCUCCUACCCCUCAGUAUGAGUUACGCUUCUGUCCAAAGAUAUUAUCGUUGGACGUCGCGGGAGCUAAAGAGACUGUUUUCGGUAACCUUGUCACCGCUUUACUCACACCUUUCGGAAUCGUUCGCGGGCACAACUAUAAUUCGUGCGUUCUCCGCAUCACCCAAAUUCGUGCAUCAGUUACACAUAAGGUUAAACACUAAUAACCAAUGUCAGCUAUCAUCGGUGGCCGCUUCGCAAUGGCUCGGCCUACGGCUUCAGCUGAUUGGUGUGGCCUUAACGGCCGGUGUCGCCUUCCUAUCUGUCAUUGAACAUUACCGGGUUGAUCCCACUACAGGAGAAACACGCGGCGUGAAUCCAGCUUUGGUUGGACUUGUGUUAUCGUACGUGCUGUCAUUAACGUCGACACUGUCCGGAGUUGUGACUGCUUAUGCAGAGACUGAGCGCGAAAUGGUAUCAGUGGAGCGUAUCGCAGAGUAUCUUGAAAGUAGCGAGCUCUCACCAGAACUUUCAUCUGACACAUUGCCAAACCUGGUAGUUGAUUCGACGGGUGACUCGGUAGGGCCAGCCAACUCUGUCCCGUUUGGAUGGCCGCACCUGGGAUGGGUUAACUUUAAUAAUGUCGUCCUCAGUUACAAAAACACUGGUCCUGUUGCACUGAACGAUGUAUCGUUCGACCUCCCAGCUGGUCAGCGUCUUGGUGUGGUCGGUCGAACCGGAGCAGGAAAAUCGUCCUUGGUGCAAGCGCUAUUCCGUUUACGACCGCUGAAAUCUGGGGUCAUUCGAAUUGACGGGCUCGACCUAUCAAUGGUGCCGAGCCGGGUCGUCCGCGAACGUCUAGCCUGUAUCCCACAGGAGGCAUUCGUCUUUGUCGGUAGCAUGCGUGACAACCUUGAUCCACGACACGAACACACGGAUCAUAAUCUCUGGAGCGCUUUGACCACGUGCUCGAUGAAUGUAACAGUACAACAGAAUGGCGGACUGGAUGGAUUUCGAAUUGAGGAGCAUGGCGCGAAUUUAAGUAUGGGCCAACGCCAACUCGUAUGUUUGGCUAGGGCAAUUUUGAGGAAAGCUCGAGUGCUGUGCAUGGACGAGGCGACGUCUGGCGUCGACAUGGAAACAGAGAAGAUGGUCCAAAGGACACUGGCGUCAAACGCUUUACGCGGCACGACCGUGAUUUACAUCGCUCAUCGCGUGCAGACUGUCGUCGAAUCGUGCGACCUCGUGGCCGUUAUGAGUAAAGGCAAGAUUGUUCAGUUUGGCGUACCAUCGGAGCUUUCGAGCGUCGAAGGCCCGUUCAAGGACCUCCUUAAUGGCAAUUAUUGAACAAUGUUCUACGAAAUAGUUAUUCGAUCUUAAGUAAUGCUUGGCGUAUGUUUUCUGAGAAAUUGUGCUUGUUGACUAAAGUGAGUGUGAUUACGAAGAGUCGAUUGUGAGUCUUAAGAGGGCAACUGAUGGGGAAUUCUUAAUUUGCCAUUAUUAUUAUUAUUAUUACUCUAUUAUGAGGAAUAGUGGAGUCAGUCGCUGUAAUGAUUGCCAACGAAUGUACCAUCAUCGUUGAAUGUAGGAUGAGCAUUUGCUUCUUACUCUAUUUUGCCAUUGUUUUUCUUAUUAAUCUCUUUAACAAAUUAGUGUUAUUAGUAUGCUGCAUAUCCCUUAGGAUAUAUCAUAUCGAAACGAGACAUUGUCUCAACAUGUGUCUGUCUAGAAAAAUAACACAUUUGUGUUGCACAAAAGUUAGGUAGAAAUUAUUAAGCGAAUUAGAAUAUCAUUUGUCGUUCGUUGCAAACGUAGACUCACGUACACGAUCACAGGCGCACAUCAACACGACCACAAACCGCCCUGUUUGUCUAAUCAUUUAAUAGAUAUUCACGACACCCUAUGUACCUAGAGCUCAGUACAAUCAGCUGGCGGGAAUCAGAAACGGGAAUUAAAGAUGCUGUUAUCACUCCUCGCCUAAGGAUCACCCGGUCGAGAGCUAACACAUAUAUGUAUACAUAUGUACAUAUAUAUGUAGUACGUUACAAAUAUAGCAGUCUUUAGAAUUUUCACAUUACGUUGUACUCGGCUCAUACAAAGCUAUAAUUGCACAUCGAAGAGACUUAGGGGCACCGCCAACAAAAUUUGUAAAUUAAUAAUUGUAUAAUAGAACUUUAGUUGAUUUGUCCCGUUUUUAGGGCAUCGUUAGGGCGUAUCUAAACGAGCUCGCCUGCGUACUCUAUUAACAAAAUGCGCAUUUGCUUUGUAGUAUGUAUAAGUAGUUUUAUUAUAGAUACGAUGCUGACACACUAAUUAAGGGAAGGCUACCUAUAUAGACGGUGGGAGUAUUACUAGCGAAGAUUGUUUUUUUUGGCAAACAGCUUACUUUCAUAAAUGUAUAAACAUGAUUGUAUGCAUAAUAUGCCGCAACAGUCGUCGUAUAGGAACCCGUCUAAAAGCAAGCAACACACAGAACUUGCUAUUAUUACGAGGUUUCAACUCGAGAUAAAGCCGGGACCUUUUGUCGAAAAUCAAGUGUCUAACUGGUUAGCCAUCCCAAAGCAUGGCCGUCGACGGAUUUUGUGUACAAUAAUGAUAAUAAAUAGAGCUUAAUAUGUAAUACCGCUCCUCCACGCAACCUAGUUGCUUGUCGUGCCUAAUCUAGCGAAUACAAAUUCAACAUGAGUAAAUAUAUAAACACUUUAAGAAGAUAAUAUUCUGUUCCUAAGUCUGGGGCGACAUUUUCAGCACCGUUAUGACACUACAUGUGAAAUAUAAGGACACACCUGGACUAGGAGUGGCAGAGUCCUAUACUUAAUGCUCUAUAAAAACCAGCCUAAAAGGCUACUGGUAAUAAUGGGUGCUAGUUGAUUGCCGGAGCUACAGAUACGGAAAUGCACCGAUUUGCACGUGCGUGGUUGCCGUAGAUCGAAGGUCCCAGAAGUUUCAUUCUUUACUUCCGUCCUAUCACUAUCUUUAUCUAAGUUCUUCACCGUUCUAUAGGAAACAACCCAAUACAGCCUAACACAUUUCUACUAAACCGUAUUGGUAUAGAAAAGACUGUGGACAGAUCGUAGGAGUCUUCAAGGACAGAAGCUUAAAGAAGCACGACAGUACAAUCCAUUAUUGUCCUCUAAUCACUGGGACGGUUUUACGCGAAACUAUUGUUGCAACACAGUUCACAAUAAGAGCCACGUCCUACUCGUCCUUGAACCAAUCUCUAUGCAUAGCAAAUAUGGCCUGGCCUGAACGGAUUUUUGUCUAGUCCUCAGCAAUUCGAACGUGUAAGACCGUGAAAAACUUAACAGCAACUCAAUUUACGUGCAUAAAACAAACAAGCCUCGUUUCUUUGUUUGUUUUGACGAAUUUUAAGAAGACCAAUCGGUUGCAACGAACUGCUCAACAUGUUGUAUCAGCUUUGACGUUGCAUAGUCUAUAUACUCAAAAGGUGUUUUUGUCCCAAGAAAGCUCAUAAUUUUCUUAUAAAAAUGAAAAGCAUAGUAGUUCCAUAGGCAUCGAAAGAGGAGCCAAUUGCAACUGUUCAUUUUUAAUUAUUAGGGGAUAAGGAGCCACAAAUGUGGAGGGGUCAAGAGGAAGAGCUGAACUCUUCGAAGUAAACUAAGCAGUAGGUGAAGGUUUUUUAUUCCAUUUUAGAACAGUCACAAAAGCUUACUGCUAGACAAACGUCACCCUGCUGAAUUCACUAGUAUUUGUCAUGUCCAGCAGAACCAAAUGAGAAAGGUACAUUAUCAAACUCAUAAGUAAGAAAUAUUCAUUAAUCCAUAAGAUGCAGAUAUGGAAGUUCGGUUGUCGCUGGGAGCUGUUUUUAUUUCCAAUGAAGAACAUGUUUGUUCUAGAAGGUACAGUUCAUAGUUUGCCAUGGAAAAGUUUAGGCGAUUAAAAAAUAAGUUCGACUUGGAAAAAUCUGUCGUAAUUUAUACGUGACAGGCAAGACACGUGAACUAGGUCAAUGGGAAAUCUCUGUUUUCAGACUCGGUCGGUUUUUCUGUUCGUCUCCAAACAAAACGAAUAGAAUUGAUGGGCCUUGCGUAAAUCGCUUAAUUCUGACGAUUUUCUUCGGCUGACUGUCGACACAUCGAGAAGUAUACUGUUGUACUUCGUAGUUCGCUAUUUUAAACCCGAUAGCAAAUCUGUAAUGUAAUAUAGGUACAUGUAACGAAGGUUGAUGUAUAUUUUGGAGAAAUUCCACCUGCUGAACUCGCUAGUGAAAAGAUAUACAUGAUACGUAGAGACUGAACAGUAGCAUUCGCUAGCGAGCUAGCGUGACUUCUACAGACAGUAAUGCCCUCACGUUUUUGCGGUUAAGCAUUACUUCGGUCGCCUGUAUAGGACAGAUUAUUUACGCUCGGCUUCAAGCCUAGAACCGUCACGCCCUUGACGAUAAGCAUUACGAGUAGCCCUUGAUUUGUGGGAUCUCACCGAGCUACUGUCAGUGGCGGCGGUAGUCCAGAAAGUCUUUAAGAUCUUUGGCGGAGAGGAGAUCAAAUUGUGGUUAUAUAUAUGUACGGCUUCUCACUCAACGUUAACCAGCCAACGUGCCUACGGCUCCUUCCUUUUCAAUCUGAUCAAUUCUUAUUCUUACUUCAAUGCAUCGAUAUAACAUGCACUGUAAAACAUUAGUACUUAUUUCGAACCGUCAAUAAAAACGAAUCUGUUGGAGAGCCUUACAGAUUGCACUGGGGUACUUUGCUCUAAUCUGUCAUUUCCGUAGAAAUUUUGACAUUUAUUAAAUAUACUAUACUAUUACAUUUUAACACUUCUGCGUAAUCGACUUAUCACUCCUCGGUGUACGCCUUCCAUUCCCAAAUUUCCACGCAGAAAUUAACUUUUGUAUUCUAGGAAUCCUAUUUAUCGAUUUACUUACCCUCAGC